UCCCACUACUGGUCUAGCGGGAAAUUGACAAAACGAGUAACUCGAGUAGGCCGGAGAUUUCCAUUUGCUGGCCUAAAAAGAGAUUGGGCUGGACCGAAUGCCACAGUAGUUUAACGGCCCACUCAGUCCAGUCUCAAAUAAACUCCUUAAACCCAAGCCCAAGAGAAUCAAAUCUCUGUCCUUGUUCGCUGAACCUCGAACUCAGCUCUGGAUUCCGAACCUCAGCCUCGUCUCCCGAGUCUCAACAUCAUAGCUUAUUCAAACUCUCCUUCUCCGCUGUUGAUACAAUCCGAGCUGUCAGGGGUUGAAGUUGCAGAAUUCAAUCUUUCCCUGAAAACCCUAAUUCCCAAUUCCUUUGUUUGAACAAAUACAAUGCUUGAUCAAUAAAGAUCGCAGCUUUCCGGAGUUCAACAACGUUGGUUUGGUUGAUUGGUUAUUUUUGGAGUUGAAACGAUGGCGCAGAGCAAUUGGGAAGCAGACAAGAUGCUUGAUGUGUACAUAUAUGAUUAUCUGGUAAAGAAAAAAUUGCACAACACUGCAAAGUCCUUCAUGACAGAAGGGAAAGUUGCCCCAGAUCCAGUAGCAAUUGAUGCUCCUGGUGGUUUCCUUUUCGAAUGGUGGUCUGUCUUCUGGGACAUAUUUAUAUCAAGAACAAAUGACAAACACUCUGAGUCUGCUGCAGCAUACAUAGAGGCACAACAAAUGAAAGUGAAAGAGCAACAGCAGCUACAGAUGCAGCAGUUGCAUUUAUUGCGCCAGGCUCAAUUGCAACGGCGAGAUUCUAGUCAUCCUUCUCUCAGUGGUCCUGCGAAUCCUGUUUGUUCUGAAGGAAUGCUUGGGCAGUCGAAUGCCAGUGCAUUGGCUGCCAAAAUAUAUGAGGAACGCAUGAAACACCCAAAUGCUAUGAAUUCAGAGACAGCACAACCGCUUCUUGAUGCUCGGAUGGCCCUUCUAAAAUCAGCAACAAAUCAUCAUGGUCAGUUAGCUCAGGGAAAUCAUGGAAGUGUAACUGCCGCAUUGCAGCAAAUUCAGGACAUCAAAGGUGAUGUAAACAUGGGUGCUGCCCAAAGAUCUAUGCCUAUGGAUCCUUCAUCUAUUUAUGGACAAGGAAUCAUGCAGUCAAAACCUGGAAUUGGUAAUACAGGUUUGAACCCAGGAGUUGGUAAUCUUCCAUUGAAGGGGCGGCCAUUAACUGGCAUUGAUCAAAUUCGGCCAACUUUAGGUACACAAGUGCAAAAUCCAUUCUUACAGAAUGCAAAUCAGUUUCAGCUAUUGCCACAGCAACAACAGCACUUGGCACAGGCCCAGACACAAGGUAGUCUUGGUAGUUCACCAAUGUAUGGAGAUAUGGAUCCUCAAAGGUUUGCAGGAUCUUCUAGAGGAACUUUAAAUGCAAAAGAGGGCCAGGCAACUGCAAAUGAUGGAUCUAUAGGUUCUCCAAUGCAAUCAACUUCAUCAAAAAUGAACCUGCCACCGAUACGACAAACUUCCUCUCAACAAGAUCCUUUGCAGUCACAGCAGAAUAACCGGAAAAGGAAAGGGCCAUCAUCUUCUGGACCUGCUAACAGUACCGGCACUGGAAACACAAUUGGUCCUUCCCCUAACUCUCAACCAUCAACUCCAUCAACGCAUACUCCAGGUGAUGGAGCUGCUAUGAUGGGAAAUAUGCAACAUGGUGGUAGCAUGUCAAAAUGUUUGAUGACAUAUGGAUCUGAUGGAACAGCUGGUAUUGCAUCAUCAACAAAUCAGCUGGACGAUAUGGAACAUUUUGGAGAUGUUGGCUCUUUUGAUGACAAUGUAGAAUCUUUUUUAUCACAUGAUGAUGGAGAUGGAAGAGAUUUGUUUGGCACAUUAAAACAAAACCCUUCAGAGCAUACAACUGAGACUUCAAAAGGAUUCAGUUUCAAUGAAGUUAGCUGUAUACGCAAAAGCAAUGGCAAAGUCACCUGCUGUCAUUUCUCUUCAGACGGAAAGCUAUUAGCUAGUGCUGGGCAUGACAAGAAGGCUGUUCUUUGGGACAUGGACACUCUGCAAACUAACUACAUGCUGGAGGAACACAGUCAUAUUGUUACUGACAUUCGCUUCAGACCAAAUUCAACUCAGCUGGCAACAUCUUCAUUUGAUACAACUGUGUGUGUUUGGGAUGCUGCACAGCCAAAUCGUUGCAUACGGAAAUUUAAUGGGCAUACUGCACAGGUGAUGUCCCUUGAUUUCCACCCUAAGAAGAAUGAGUUAUUCUGCUCUUGUGAUGGUAACAAUGAGAUCCGAUUAUGGAACAUCAAUCAGCAUUCUUUGAUUCGCAUCUCCAAGGGAGGCAGCAAACAAAUUAGGUUUCAGCCAAGAAUAGGGCAGUUUUUGGCUGCAGCAGCAGAGAAUGUUGUGUCCAUCUUUGAUGUUGAGACUGAUAGAUGUAUACAUUUGUUACAGGGGCACUCUACAGAGGUCCACUCUGUUUGUUGGGACACAAAUGGAGAAUGUUUAGCCUCUGUCAGUCAAGAGUCUGUGAAAGUAUGGUCCCUGACCUCUGGAGAUUGCAUUCAUGAGCUCAGCUCCAGCGGAAACAAAUUCCAUUCUUGUGUUUUUCAUCCAAGUUUUUCCACACUAUUGGUCAUUGGUGGCUACCAGUCGUUGGAGCUGUGGAACAUCGCUGAGAACAAGUGUAUGACAAUUCCCGCUCACGAGUGUGUGAUAUCAGCCCUGGCACAGUCACCAGCAACCGGGAUGAUUGCCUCUGCCAGUCAUGACAAAUCCGUAAAGAUAUGGAAAUAACUUUUCUGCUCCUUCAGUAGAUAUAAUCCUCCGGUAGCAAGUCUUUUUCCCCUUCAACUACCAAAUACCAGGAGAUUUCAAAAAUGGAAUCGCACAACCUUAAUUUCAUUUGAUUUGAUUUUUUUUUUUUUUAUACUACAUUAAUAAGCAAAAUGUCAGUUUCUUAUUGUCAGGAACUGCUGCUUUAGUGUCGGACCAUUGAGUGCUAAAUACAUUUAUCCAAAAUUCAGAACGAUGUUCUUCUUUAUGUUCUGGCUUCGAGUGAUUCUGAUAUUGUCAUACAGAAGAUGUUGAAAAAUUUCUCAGUAUCAACUUUCAAUAACUUGUAUAUACAUUGAUUAAGCUGGUAGAGGUCUUCAUUAAUCAAAUGUAACUUAGCUAAAGCGUGUGUUAUGUGGAAUAAUGGAAACUAUUAUUC